CUUCGAAACAAAAAAAUGGCGCAACCUAAAGAAGUCGCCGGCUACAAGCUCGGAAAGCUGAUCAUCGAGGGCAAGACGAAGCGGGUGUUCGACCUCCCAGAGGACCCUGGACACUGCCUGUUGAUCAACAAAGACCGCAUCACAGCCGGCGAUGGAGUCAAGGCCCACGAUCUCGAGGGCAAGGCAGCCAUCUCCAAUCAGACCAAUGCUAAGGUCUUCGAGAUUCUUAAGGCUGCUGGUAUAAAGACGUCCUUCGUCAAGCUAGUCUCCCCUACAACUUUCCUCUCCAAGAAGUGCGAGAUGGUCCCCAUCGAGUGGGUGACCCGUCGCCUAGCAACCGGCUCCUUCCUCAAGAGGAACGAGGGUGUUCCCGAGGGCUUCAGGUUCACGCCGCCGAAGCAGGAGACCUUCUUCAAGGACGACGCCAACCACGACCCGCAGUGGUCUGAGGAGCAAAUUGUGUGCGCGAACUUUAAGAUCAACGGGCUUACUAUUGGUCAGGAUGAGGUGGAUUACAUGAGGAAGUGCACCAUCCUGGUGUUCGAGAUCCUGGAGAAGGCGUGGGCGCUCCGCGACUGCGCUCUCAUCGAUAUGAAGAUCGAGUUCGGAGUAGACAGUGAAGGCAACAUCCUCUUGGCUGACGUGAUCGAUUCUGACUCGUGGAGGCUCUGGCCCUCAGGCGACAAGAGGCUCAUGGUUGACAAACAGGUAUACAGAAAUCUGACCAACGUCACCGCGGCCGACCUCGACACAGUCAAGCGUAACUUCACCUGGAUCAAGGACCAGUUGGACCACUUGAGGCCGACCAUCCACCACAAGGUGGUGGUGUUCAUGGGCUCACCCGCCGACCAGGAGCAUUGCUUGAAGAUCGCCAAAGCGGCGCGCGAGCUCGGGCUCGACGUGGACCUCCGCGUGACCUCCGCCCACAAGGCCACCGAGGAGACCCUGCGCAUCAUGCAGCAGUACGAGGACACGCACGGAGCCCUGGUGUUCAUCGCCGUGGCCGGCCGCUCCAACGGGCUCGGGCCCGUGCUGUCCGGCAACACGUCCUACCCCGUCAUCAACUGCCCGCCGCCCGCCGAGCGGCUACCACAGGACAUCUGGUCCUCUCUCUCCGUGCCCUCCGGCCUCGGGUGCGCCACGGUGAUCUACCCCGACAGCGCCGCGCUCAUGGCGGCGCAGAUCAUCGGCCUCCAGGACUACCUCGUGUGGGGCCGGCUCCGCGCCAAGCAGCUCGACAUGGCAGCCGGCCUCCGCCAGGCCGACAAGAAACUGAGAGGCCUUUGAAUA